AAACUGUGAUUGGUUGCUAAGUAUACAAUAAGGUCUCGGUAAAAUUAUAAUGUGGCGAUUGUUGGUAUUAAACAAAUUUAGGCACUUUUUGAGAUUAAAAACAACAUGAAUGGUUCUCUCAUUACUUUACCGGUGAUGGGACAUUAGAAUAUCAGUAAAAAGGUAACAACAGUCAACUAUCAAGAUGGCGUUCAUGUACAGUGACGGCGAAUACAUGCCGUCUGUGAGUGUUCUGAGCAUGCACAGUCUGGCUGAACACAGUGAGCCAAUCAGUGAGACUGAAGAAAUUGAGAGUGUAAGGAGACUGCUAAAAGAAGGAAACAGAGCAUUUAAAAGAAAGAAGUAUGAUAAAGCAAUAAGUUGCUAUAGCGAUGCUUUAGAGAUAGAAUCUGACAACACGCAAAUAUUGACAUGCAGAGCUGGAGCUUAUCUUGAGACGAGGCAAUAUGAACUCUCAAAGAAAGAUGCUGAGAACAUUAUAAAAAUAAACCCAAACAUUCCUCAGGCAUAUUACUUGCAAGCUGUGUGCUUUGAUCAUCUGGACCAGCCAGCAAGAGCCAUUAAAUCGUUUUUAAAUGCCCUGCAGCUUGAUCAACAUCAUGAGCAACAAUUAGCAGACAACAUCGUCGUCGUAGCUGCCAACCUCUGCACACUUCCUCAAGACAUCAUUGCAAAACUUGAAGAAAUGAGCAUCACUGAACAACUUCUUGCAGUUGGAAGACAACUACAAAAGUCAGAACAUUACAGUAUCAGCAAUGAUAUUCUACUGGUAGCUAAUAAUAGAUCGUCAGAUGUUAAAGACAAGUUGAUAUCUCUCUACUACAUUGGCAAGGGGUAUGAAGGUAUGCAGAACACAUUGCAAUCUAUGGAAUACUUGCAGAAAUGCCUGGUGUUGAGUCUUCAAGAAAUAAAUCGUGAAUUUGAGGCAGCAUGUUACCACACCUUGGGACAGAUUUACUUUGAUAAGGGAUACAUACAAGAGUUUACAGUCAACUUUGAAAAACUACUUGCAGUUGUUGGGGACUUGGAAGAUCUAAACGAUAAAGUCUUACAUGUUAAUUUGCAUGAAACUAAUAAUAUUAUGAAUAUGCAUGAGCAACUUUGUAAAGCAUACUCUGGUAUGGGUGCUUAUGACCGUGCAUUGGUUCAUGCAAAAGAAUUGCUUGAUGAUGCCCUCUGUGAAAGCGAUACUUCCAGGUUACAGAGGGUACACCUCUUGGUAGCUAAUUUACAUUUUGAAAGGUUGGAGUACACAUUGGCACUGAACCACUAUGAAGCUUAUAUGGCCACCUGUAAGAAACUCCAUGAUCGUGCUGGAAUGGCAGCUGCAUAUGGUUACAUUGGUGUUGUUUAUAAAACGUUGUGUAAUUAUAAAUUAGCGGAAUCAUACCUGGAACAACAAUGUCGCAUUUCAGAAAAACUUAAAGACAAUGAAUCACAAGCUAUGGCCUUUUUUCAUCUUGGUGAAAUUGCAGAUAAGACAGGGAAAUUUGAUGCCGCCUUGAAACAUUUUCAAAAUUACUUGCGUAUAUCUCGCCGACUAGAUGAAUUUGAAACAGAGGUGAAAGCAUUUUUACGACUUGGAGAACUUCAGAAAUCGUAUGAUAAUUACCAACAUGCUCGCUACUAUUAUGAACAAGCGUUGAAUUUAGCUGAGAGAAUUGGAAACAAGUCACUAAUGAAUGCAUGUAAAUGUAAAGUGGCAAGCAUUCUUGUUACUUCCACCGAACUUAAAAAUUUUGAAAAAGCAAGAGUGCUAAUUGAAACUUGCAUAUUUGACUAUAUUGCACUGUUGAAAAAGUAUAACACUGAUUCCAUAGCUUUUCCUGAACAACUCCAGUGCACAAUGCUUGAAGCAUUUGAUUUGUUGCAGAUAGUUUUACAAAAGUUAUCAAGACCAGAUGAUGCUUUAAUGUUUGCAGAAAUAAAAAAAUCUCUGAUAUUUAAUGCACACGAAUCUAAUGCUCACUUUUAUCGAAAUGAUAAGAAUAUGACAUAUUCCUUGCCAACCAUCAAACAAGUGAACAAGAUCUUAGACAAGCAGGAAUCCGCUGUAAUAUUUUAUGCAGUGACUGAUGACUUUAUUCUUCUUUGGGUCUUGAAGCCUGGUGAAGGAUGUGUAAGGACUGAGCGGAUUGAGCUCUCAAAUGCAACAGCUCAAAACAAGCUAAAGAAUGCCCUUGAAAGCUUGCAUGUCCACCAUAACAAACAAAAUUCCACAUAUGAGACAGAGUACAGAUCUCUGCCUCUUGAAGACUCGGAGACACUUUCUCUCCAGAAUAAAUUCCUUAGACAAUCUACUACAAAGAUGGCACAAAUUGAGGAUAGGCAUGAUGGCAUGAGAGAAGAGAUGACAGAACUUCAAGAUACCUCUGAGAAUGAGAAACCAACAAGAAUCCUCUAUAACUUGUUGCUACACCCAGUGUUGUCAGAGUUAAAAGAGUGUAAAGAAUUGACAGUCAUUCCAGACAAAGAAUUGUUCCAUGUGCCUUUUGAUUCCCUUGAAGAUUCAAAUGGAGUUUGUUUUGGUGAAAGCUAUCAAUUGACAAUGAUACCUAGUCUUAAUGUAUUAAAUCAUCUUAACAACAUCUUGACAAAUCCACUUGGAGAGCAGUCACGACUAGAGUCUAGCCCCAAAGAUGCAGGUUCAAGUCCUAUAUAUCUUGAUGAUCGUUUCAGGGUUGUUGUGCCACCAAAAGACUAUCCCUUUGCUCCUAUUCAUGACACUAUCAAAGUAGCUCCAAAGAUGUCGGAUCAGAAGUGCGACAAUCCUAAGCUUGUAAGCUUUGGUAGAAAUUAUUACGAUGUUGUAAAGGUGGAAAAGGAUGAGGUUCGUCAGUUUGAAAAAAGAAAACUCCAGCAAAACAUUGAAAAAGGCAGCACUCUUAUCUCCUCAACAUGGUGUGGAAAGGAAGUGCCAUCAGUUAAGAGCGAAACCAUUAAUGAAUAUCACCAGACAAGUGGUGGUAACCUCUCAGUAGUCAUUGGUAGUCCUCACCUUCCAGCCAAGGCAAAGAUCCAUGGAAAGGAUUGGACUCCACCAUCAGAGUACAAAGCUGCACACAAAGAAUGUCACAGAGUUGCAGAAUAUCUGGACACAGAAGCUAUUGUUGCAAAGUAUGCUUCAAAGCAAACUGUGAUGAAAGAGAUUCCAAAUGCUACGUUGAUCCACUUAGCUCUUCCAGGUUGCUGGAAGAAAGGUGCCCUUGCAUGUGCUUCUGAUAAAACUAGUCUUCCUAAUUCAGAUGGAGUGUAUCCAGAAGAAGCUUACCUUCUAGGUAGAGAUGAUAUUGCGGCGCUCCAUCUCAGAGCACAACUGGUAGUCAUUAGUGGCUGCUUUGGACAUCGCCAUCGAAAAGUUGAUCUAAUGUUACCAUCUGCCUUCCUUGCUGCUGGUGCUAAGUGUGUGCUGGUGCUGCUCUGGGCUACACCAGAUAUUGUGCAGGAGAAAUUCUGGUAUCAUUUUUAUAUGGCAUUACAGAAAGGAAGCUAUCUGUCAAAGGCUGUUGAAAAGGCAAAGAUGUCAAUCAGAAAAGAUGCCAGAUUCCAAGAUUUGGUGUUCUGGGCUCCAUUUGUACUAAUCGGCAUUGAUCAAUACAUUGAUAUUAGUAUUAUCAAACGAGACAUGUUAGAUCAGCAGUUAAAUAGAGUUGAAGGUCAGAUUCUUUGCAGUAUGCCGUCCGAUGCAUUGAACCUUAAAACAUCAGGAGUCAGCAAAACUCAGCUUGUAGAGCUGAAGAGUCAUCUAGCACAACUGCUCUUACAUCAUCAGCAACAUCCAGAUGCUGUCGCUACUGUACAAGGUCUCCUGAAGGAGUGUCAGCAAAUCUUUGCACAGCAAUCCCCUGCAUCAUCUGUCCGGCUGCUACCACAAUGUGCCGUUGAUGCUCCUGCUGCCAUCCCCCUGUUGCAUCUAGUUGGCUUUCACUUUCAAGCUAGAGGCGUUUCUAACACUGAGCCAUAUGUGGUAUGGCCUCAAUGGGAUCCCUAUGGGCUUCUUGGCCCUGCUCUACAAGCUACUGAGGCCAUCAUAGAUAUUUGUGUGAGUGAGGAUUGUGCUUAUUCAUUGGCCAGAGUGCUGGAAUGCGAAAUAAUCCUUCUGUCAUCGCUUCUUGACUUGUUAUGUUUGACAAGACAUGCCCCCGAGUUGCAGUUGAAAAAGUCUGAUCACCUAGUGAACACAUUAUGGAAGAACCAUACAAUAAGGACGUUCCUUGUGUCAGUAGGCCUGCAGGAAGUUGGAAAGCUUGUCAUGUUUCACAAUAGCUUGAAGAAUAAGACUCUCCUAGCAGCUUGUAUGAAAUGUAUCUGCGCAAUCUUAGGGAAAAAAGGCAGUGCCCUACUAAACAAAUUAGACCCAAAGUACAUAGGCAUGCCACCCCCAGAACCUGUUCCUCCUCUGAAGAAGAAUAGAUUGCCAUCUCUCAACCCUAUUGUCAUCCCAGGUAAUAAGAUGACAUUCUCUACACCUUGGUGGAGCCAGAAAGCAACACCUAAUGAGUUGAAAACUAAAAUAGAACUUGCCAAUAGUUUGGCUGAAGUCCAUACUGGAUUCAGCAGGCAGGUUCGUGGGGUCCAAAAAAUGCACAACGAAUGCAUCCAGCCACAGGCCAAAGAGUCCCUCGCUACACUCCACAAUGGUCCCAAGGAAAAACCACUUAUUGUCAAGGUGAUACCAGGAGCCACGCCAUCAUGUGACCGAGUCCCUGUUGAAAUGGAGGAGAAGCUGAGCCUACUGGCUGUGCAGCAGCGCAGGAACUACGCUCAUUUUGUGUUCAAUAGUCGACUGGAGGAUGUGAAAAUAAGGCACAGAGAGGCAGUUAAAAGUGUGUUCCUACCACAUGUGCAAAAUAGAUGAGUUAACGAAAUUAAGAAGAGCACAUGGGAAAAAAAUCACUCCGUCGUGCAGUAAAAUAAUUUACACAGCUAUUGGUCAAAUGUCUAUGAGGAUUCAUCGCUUAAGCCAAGACUGCUGGACCUUAAGUGGCCCGGGAUGUAAUGUAAUGUAGUUCUUUGAACCAAAUAGUCUCAAAGUGCUCGAGGUGUGGACUAGCUCUUACGGUAACUUGCUUCUCCCCUAGGGGUCUCUUCGUGUCUUAGCUACCCGGUACCAGCUAAUUUCGUCUGUCCACAACAUGGGCUGUAAGGGACACUUGAGCCAAAUUGUGUACACUGGGCCUAUGGUUUUAGUCCUUAUCCGAGAAGACUUGUUUCACCGUUCACCAUUCGAACAAACGCCGAUAUUAUGGCUGUAUGUUGCGGCACCCCUGCCUUAACCGCACAGCAUUCUUUUUCCGGGCAACAGUCCACUUUCGAAUCACAGUCCCCAAAGCAGCGUAACAGGGCACCUUAAGGGGCAGAACAUCAUGUAAGAACACCACAUAAUGCUGUGAAUAAACACAAAUAAAAAUACAGUAUGUAUAUAAUUAUAAUGUGGCUGCUUUUCAUACAUGAUAGUAGCAUCAAGUCUCAUUAAAUAGUCACCCCAUCACCCACCGUGGGCCCUAACAACCCACAGCCGACAGUAUACUAGGGUCCCGAAUAAGGCGUAUCGAAGGGUCUGAAGGCUCUUGGUUUACACCGUCAGUGACACCACUUCAGAAUUUACUAAUCAUAAUUUUAAUGAUAACCAAUAGCCCUGAAGCUUAAAUAAUGAUUAAUAAAAAUGCUCUAGGUAUUUGGUUUUUAAGGAGAACUACGGAUAUACUAUAUGUAGGACAAGUUACGUGGGAAAUGAAGAGAUACAGUAUUAGUAAGGGCUAAUUAAUGUGAACGUUUUUAUGAAAUAAAAACAAAUGUAAACAGUUGUAUUAAAGUUCGGAACUAUUACAUGAUAAUGAAGAAAAUUAUGGAGUAAAUAUAUAUUUGUUGAUGUUAUUUAAUAUAACAAUUUUUUUAAUUGAAUCUUAUGAAAGUGUCAUUUAUUAUUUUAAACAUUUUGUAGCACUGCAGUACAUGAAUUUAAGUAAACCUGAAAUAAAGGAGAAUUGAUAGAAUGGAUAUCAUCCAUUUGAAAA